AUGAGUAACCCUAUAGGGAAGGAGGUCAGUGGCCUGACAGUGUGGUGCCGGAGCAACAACCUCUUCUUCAACGUCAGCAAGGAGAUGAUCGUGGACUACAGGGAACCGGAGUUGAGGGAUGAUAAGCUAGUGUUUGAGAAGAGGCAUCUGGUGUGGGAGGAGGACAUGCAGUUCCUGGACAGAAAGGGGACAUAUCAGUGCCUGUUUCUGUGUAACUGGACAGAGAAAGACUCCAGCGAAGAGGAGACAGAUGAGGAUGAAGAAAGGAGUAGGACGAGGUUGAGGUGUUACCAAGGUGAUAGGGAGAGCCCAGAUGACGAGCCUAGCGAGCUGGGAGCUGUCAUUACUGCAACCCCCGAAACGCUUCCCUGCCUGGUCCAUCUUCACUGCUCUCCACAGCAUCUCCUUGACAGUUCUGACCUUGAAGUCGAGUUGACAGCUGAGGUAAGAGUGGAAGGCUCGUCACUGCUCAGUAUCUUGUCCACUGUCACCCCUGGUAUAGGCAACAGGAAGUCAGGUAAAUUAUUGGGUUGCUCUUUUAUCCCCGGCCCUCAGCAUCCCUCCUCCACUCACAACCCCAGGCUCCAGGGAGUACUGACUGGACUGCAGCUUUCCCCAAGCCCAUCUCCCAUCCUGGCCAUGGAUUUAACUCGAAUCCCAGGCCUUAAAGGGAUGCCUGCCGUCCCUCCUCCUCACGGGAUCACAGAGACUGCCAAGAGCCCCCUGCCCUCCUCCACAUCUCCCUCCUCUCCUUCCUCCUCUCCUGCCUCCCCACCUUCCUCUUCAUCCUCCUCUCCUGGAGCUGUGGCAACCAGCUACCACAACGACAUCCAGGAGGGAAGGGCCAACAGCGUGAUGAUGGGUGACGUAGUGUCCUCCACUUCCGCCUCCCUGGCUCCCCCCUCCUCUCACUCUGACCCCCCUUUCUCCUCCUCUGAUCCCUUGUUAUGUCUCUCCCCACCCCCUGUGGGCACCGACGGACAAAAAGAGGGCGAGACGGAGAUCUACGACCCUUUUCACCCUACGGAAGGAGAGAGGGAGGGAGGAGCGGCCGAGGAGGAGGAGGAAGGGGAAAAGUACGACCCCUUUGAUCCGACCGGCUCUCCCCCCUCAGAGAGAGAGGAGGAGGAGCGAGCGACAGGGGGAGGGAGGGAGAGAGGGAACAGCGUGAGCAGCAAGGGGAGCGAUGCCAGAGGGAAGAAAAGGAAGGCAGAGACGGGGAGGACAGGAGGAGAGGAGAAAGACAAUGCUCCUCCAGACUCCACGGACACUCUCUCUGUUCUCCCGCUCUCCCCGCGCUCCCUCCCUCUCCCCCUCCGGAGGAGGCUGGACCGAACCAAAGAGCCCCGGGUGAAAGUACGGGACAGGAGAGAGAAGGCGGACCACUCGGACCACUCUGAAAUUGAGGAGGGUGAGAUCGUGGGGGCCACCGAGAGGGACGGAGGGAAUAGGGAGGAGAGAGGCCGGGAAGGAAUCGUUCCUCUCGUCCUCCCCAUCUCCUCCGGCAGUCCUUUCCUCCACGGGGGAGCUAAGCCGGAGAGGAUCCUGAGGGUGCUGGAUGGGGAUAGCUUUGUGUCGGUGCGGGCUGAGGGGGACUGGGCGGGGCCGGUGAUGCCUGGCAGGGAGGAUGGGGAGCCCAUGGAGGAGGAUGAGGAAGAAGAAGAAGAAGAAGAGGUGGUGGUCGGGGCGGGAGAUCUUAGGAGGAAGCUGGUCAGCCGGCGUAAAGCAAGAUACCGUUCCUCCUUCCCUUCUUCCCUCUCACCUCAGCACCUCCCAUUGUCUCCUCACACCCUCCUUCUGCCUUCCCCCCCCUCCACUGCCGAGAAGGACAAGAGCCGCAAGUCCUCCAAGAGCUCCAAGGAGAGGGAGCGGCGCAAGCGGAAGGAGGGCAAGGUAGGGGAGGAGGAGGAGAGUAGGAGGAGGAGGAAGAAAAGGAAAGAGAAGGAUGGUGGAGGAGAGAAGAGUGGUGAGAGGAAGGAAAGACACAGGGAAAGGGAGAGGGGGCGGCGGAGUGAGAAAGAGAAGAAAACAAAGGUGGAGGAGAGAGGGAGGAGCAGCAGAAGCGAUAGCAGGAAGAGGAAGAAGAGACGAUGGAGCACCCCGGAAUCUUCAGCACGCCCCCGCUCACAGAACUCCUCAGUGCAGCAAACGCACGGGGGUCGCUCCUGGUCAAACACUUCAGAGGACCAACACAGAGAGAGAGAUGGGGACAGAGACCGGUACAGAGACCGAGAUGGGGAACGAGAUGGAGCUCGAGACAAGGACAGAAAGAAAGAUGACACCCGGAGAAGGGAGAGGGAUGGAGACUCGAGCCGGAUAAAGAGGGAAAGAGAGCGAGACGGCGUCCGCGAAUCGACCAGCCGAGAAAGAGGCAGCUCCAAGAGGUCCAAAGGAAGCAUAGAACGAAGGCACCGGGACAGGCACCGGGACAGGGACAGGCACCGGGACAGGCACAGGCACCGGGACAGGGACAGAGAAAGGGACAGGGACAGAGAAAGGGACAGAGAGCGGGACAGGCACCGAGACAGGGACAGAGAAAGGGACAGGGGUCAGAGAAGAAGACAGGGAAAGACGUAGAGACGGUCGUCCCGUGGUGCCACCGUCCAUCCAAGAUCUCAAUGGCUCUGACCUGUUCGCCAUCAAGCGCACCAUCACAGUCACCACGACCACCACCACCACUCUCCCCGGUUCCCCCCCGCUGGCUCCAUCCUCCCCCCGCAGCCCCUCCCAGGGCUCGGACAAGCCCCACAAGAGAAAGAAGAAGAGGCGUCGGCGCUCGGACGAAGAGUUGGAAGACGGCAUGGGCCGGCGUGGGAGCCGCUCCCUCUCGCCGCCGUCACAUUACCAUGGCUACGACUCGGACCAUUUCUCAGACAAACUGGAGAUAAACAUGCACUCUCUGGACGGGGAGGCCCUGGACUCAGACUACCCCUCUAUAGAAGACUCCCCACCCCUCCCCAGCUUCUGGAACCCGCUGCCCCCAGCGCCAAACCCAAGACCGCCACCAAACCUGGACGCCACCAC